CAACAUGGCGGACAGGACGGUCAGGUGSUGGAUAUAAAACACAAUUUUACCACKUAAAACAAUGCAUUUACCGUGAUUUAACAAACCAGACACCUUUAUUUUACAACUGUAAGGACUUGAGGAGCAAAAUGGGUGAUCCAAAGUACCAUUUUCCUCACAAAAGACUUCUGGAUUAUAUCAUCGUUGUUGGAGUUCGAAAACCGACUCUYGAYUCCACUGAAACUCCGCAGUUGCUUCGGAGGUUCCCACAGAACGACCACGAUGAUUUCUAUCUUCCUCCAGACGUGAUAUUCUUCUGUCAGCCYGAAGGAUGUAGUACAGUGUCGAAGAAGUUUUCAUUACGAGAAGCAAACUCGUUUAUUUUUACUYUAACUGACAAGGACACGAAUAAAGUUCGAUAUGGAGUUUGCAUGAACAUAUAUCGYCCAUGCUCRCAGUUCUUAUUUAAAGAGUCGGCUGACUCGAAAGUUAAAGACGUUAAUAUUACGAAACGAAAGCGUUCAAGAUCGAAGAACAAGAAAGAUAUUUGUAUGACUUUGACUUCUCUAUGUAUCGUAUCACAUCAUCCAUUUUUCUCGACGUUCAGGGAGUGCCUCUUCGUGCUUCGUAAAAUGGUUGAUUCUCGUGUCGCAGACGACAGAAACGACAAAAAUGAGAACUCAGUUCCUGGCCUUGAAAGCUGGUCAGUUUUUACGUGCACUGAAGAUCCGAAAUUAAGUCCUUUGAAGGACGAAAUGUCAGAAAUUGAGACGUGGAUUCAACGAUUGUUGCUCGCACCAGCUCCCGUUCAGGGUCGAACGAAAGUGAAUAUGGAACUUCUAUGUCCUGAAACCUAUCCGAGUUUGAUAUUUUCUACGCCGGAGUCGACUCGCUUUCCCCUGAUAGACUUUCCUGUACAUAUACCUCUUGAAUUACUUGGCGUUGAGACAUGUCUUAAAGUACUUACUUGCAUUCUCAUGGAACACAAGGUUGUCAUCCAGUCGCGAGAUUAUAAUGCCCUUACAAUGAGUGUYAUGGCCCUGACGUCGUUAUUAUACCCACUAGAAUACAUGUUUCCWAUUAUACCACUACUGCCGACAUGUAUGAAYAAUGCAGAACAGCUAUUGAUGGCACCAACGCCRUACGUCAUUGGCGUUCCYGCUAGCUUCUUUCGCUACAAGUGUAAUGGAUUCUGUCUGCCGUCUGACGUGUGGGUUGUUGAUCUGGAUUCUAACAAGCUAACUGUUCCACUUUCUGCCGAUGAGUUGCCAGAUCUUCCUGAAGAGUCUGGUCCAUUGUUGAUCAGUCAACUGAAAACAGCCCUGCAAGCUCUCAGUAUGCCUCCACAAACCAUCUCCAGCCUGGCAAACGCGACACCACAUGACAGACUUCCUGGACAACCUAAAGACAAAGAGUCCGAGAUGAUUGUCUAUGGUAAUGACGUCGAUGCUGUCGAUGUUGCUGUYCGGGUUGCCAUGGUGAAUUUCUUUUUAAGUAAUGACAUCUUAGGCGGCGUCCAGGAUCAUACAAGAACGCUUAGGCUCUUCCCUAGGCCCGUUGUUGCGCUUCAAAAAGGUCCCUUUCUUAAGUCAAGACCAAAUCUAUCAGAUUUUGUCCUAGCACUGUCUGAGACACAAGCUGUUGAGUACUUUGGAGAAUGGUUUGUAAGUCCAUCCAACACAGCGUUCCAAAAGAUCCAGAAAGGUAUCCAAGAUCCUUCAGUUAUCGGAGACAAGCCAAAAUGGUACUUCAACGAUGUGGAGACAGUUUUCUAUCAAGUGUAUGACGUAGAAUCGAAAUUGUACUCUGAUCCGUGGAUCGAGGUCGACUACGAGCCAAGUCUGAUCUUUGACGAAGAGGAGACGCCCAACAACGACGAAGAUGACGAUAGCAGUAGCUGCUACAGCUCUGUUAGUGAUCUUGUCCAGCAAAUGAUCAGCGGAGACAUAAACGGCAGGACACCAACUUGUUCCCAGAUCCCACCGUUCAAUCCAGUACGGUCGUCAUCGCCUCUACCCGAUGUGCAGGCUUCGUUCUCAUUACCAGACUCUUUGACCACGGGCAAUUAUCUUGGUGUUCCAAAGGAAAGACUUGAAAAGGAGAAGAUGGUGUUCGACUCGGCAGAGAAACAAAACAAACGGUCUGACACUGUCACCUCAUCGGACUCGGCUGCUGGUUCGCUGAGUAGUGGCGACUCGUACUCGGCUCCGAGUGAUGACUCUGAAGAGUUAAUGUACUCGGUGUCUAACCCGCCUUCACCUGAUGGCGUCCGCAAGAAACAACUCGCUUCAGAUACAGACAGCGAGAAGACCGCCACAUCAGAUCAAAGCAACUCUCAAGUGUCGAGUGUUGUGUUGAAAAGUGAGAAGGAAAAGCAGGAAGAACCUGUUUCUGUCAUGGCUGGUUUCCUUAAUAGUCUCAAGAAAACGACGUUUACCAUGGCCAAGAUGGCAAAACAAGAAACCAGUGAAAAACCAGCCGAUGUAGAAAACUAUUCCAAGAGAGUGAACAAUAGUACUGCCAUUCAGGCAGCUCGUCCUGGAAUGAAUCCUGAAGAUAAAUCGUUUUUCCCCUUUCCAGGCGUUCGUCAACCCAAAGCGAGUGCCGAGAGGCUCCUUGUCAAAGCUCCCGUCACCAAGCAAAACUCGACUGAAAAGGCAGUCCACAGCGAUAACCAGCAAUUUCUCAAAGAAAUUUUACGUAACGUAAUGCGAGGAGACGGCGUUGGAUGGCUUACGUCUAAACGUCUACGUCGCCUAAUGAGCGAGGAGCAGUAUCGAACGAUGGUUGCUAACCARCUCUACAACGCCCCCAUAGCAACGGAGGAUGAAGGAGAAAUGAUUGACGACGUGAAGCUUUCUUAUGACCAGACCAUCUCGUUAAGCGCCAAUCUAAGCAAUAAUGCUAAAGUWCUGGAGUCYUAUCAACAGUCCGUUCCUACCCUUCAGUGGAAUCUGUCAUCUCUUUCUCUUGGUACUUGGCUCUCGUCCUCUCAAACCUCUGCUGUUCCUCUAGGGACUGGGCCAGAGUUGACCCAGCCUCCUACUCCGGGCGUUGCUAAGCGGAUUUCUCGUAAUGUCUUCAAGGGAAUGCUUGAACUCAUGCGACUAAUGAUCUCAGGGUACGAGACAACUGUCACUAAUCACGGCAUUGGGGGCGUGGCCUCGGCGUUUAAGUUCCUAGAAAUCGCCCAUACUCAUUACUUCGGYCGUGAUAUCAAAGAAGAAGCGACAAAACGACGGAGCGACGACGAGUUAUCGAUUGGUUCGAUGACUGGAAGUGUUUCAAGCUUGACUGAGCCGACGAGCGAAGCCUCYACAGCAUCAUGGGUACGRGAGCACGUUCGCUCUCCUGACUUUGACAAGAAAUCAAGGCUCAAUGGCGAGAGUGACCUUGACAGCGGUCACGGSGGGAGUGAAUUCGACGCGAUWAUGUUACCUGUCACGCAACAUGACAGAGUCAAGAAAACAGCUUCCCUUCCUCGAUGGAACAGYGAYGUUACAAGUACGUCUAUGCARAAGGCGAGGUAUUGGUCACGUGGCGGCACGAAGCUCACCCGAACGUAUUCCGUCGACCAACCAAUGAGAAAAGCCUACAGAAGGGAAGCCGAGUUGAGGAAGGAACGAUCGAAAAGUCCGACCCUUGCACACAUGAAGUUGAGUGAGAGUGGGUCUAGAAGAACUUCUUUAGAUCGUCUUAGUGUUUCAUCAGUCAAUAUUCCACCAAGUCCCAUGCUGAAGAAAAGUAACCUAAGUAAAGGAUAUCGCUACUUCAAUGGCGAUCUUAUUCCAAUCGAUAACGAGACGGAAAAGCCGACAACCGGCCGAAGAUACCUGUUCGAAAGUUUACGAAACGAACGGUCUCCGUUGUGGGACAACAUGGACUUCUGGGAAAAUAUUUUCCUUGAUUCUGUGACUGCUGAAAGAGAGGCUCUUGGGAUGGCACAGGGAACCGUGGAGAUGAUYGCAAGACACAAAUCGCUUCAACAGCAGGAGCAAAAGCGACUCGAAGUGGAUGAAGACCGUCUUCUGUCAACCGUUCUCUAUAACCUCGUUGCUUUCAUGAUUUCAAUGGACGUCGAUAAGACUGCCAUCAAGAAAAAAGUACGACGUCUGAUUGGUAAAUCACACAUUGGAUUACAUCAUGGGCAGCCAAUCAACGACCUUCUUGACAAUAUACAGAACGUGAAUGGUAAUGAUGUCGAUCUGAAGCCGAGCGGAAGCCGACAGAUGAAGAAGCAGUCGUUCGUGGUGCAUUCUGGGAGUUCUAUGAAUGGUGACGUAUUUUUUAUGGAGGUUUCAGAUGACUGCAUUCUACUUCGAACUGGAGCUGGUAUCAUCGUUGAACGCUGGUGGUAUGAAAAGAUGGUAAACAUAACUUACUCGUCCAAGACGAAGAUUCUUUGCUUGUGGUACAGAAAGGGUGAUGAUACAGUCUUGAGCAAGUUUUGCACCAAAAAGGUCCUCAGCUAGGAGGCGACUUCCCAAUCCAGGAUAUGGAAACGGGUGAAAACGGUCAUCUCCAAGUCACCCUUGAAGGCAUUGGUCUGAAGUUUUGCACAAAAAGAGUUCACAUUGAUUUAUGCCAYAUUCGAAACUGCUCGACACAGAAAGGUGUUUUCGUUUUGGAUGAAUAUGUUCCUGACACUCAACAAAUAGUGGAACAUCGAUUCAAAUCUGAUAAGUGUAACGAGAUCUGCUAUGCUGUUCUCUGUCUCUUCUCUUACGUUGCGGCAUCGCGCAACACGGAUAACAAUAAUGGAGUCCAGCCAAUCAAACGAUGAUACUAAGAGACUGGUAACUAGGCACGAAGCUGUCAGGAAAGGAGUAGUGCUAGUCUUAAGUGGAAAAUACGAGUUAGCRCUUAAAACUGGUUAAGGGAGACUAGUAUCUAGUAACUGACCAAUUAAAUUAAUGCYAAGUUAUUUUACACAAUUYGGAAAAUUUUAAGAAUUUUAUAGUAAAUUUUAGGGGGGUAGGGUAGGGUAGGAUAGGUUAAGCAAGUAAUAAUUCUCAGAAUAAAGUAAGUCCAAGGUGUCUAUACCUGAAAUUUGWAAAUAUAUCCAGGKUGGGCUUCCUGUGGCUCAAAACACCAAGUAAUGWUAAAUUUAAAGYUAUGAACUGGGAACUAACGYUCUUCAAUGGCACAGGGUACCCAAUUMAAAACAUACAUAGAUGAUUGUAAAGUAUAUUUAGUAAAGAAGGGAUUGUGAUUUGAUAUUAAGAAUUUUCAACAAAUGAAGUUUGUAAUAAGGAAGCUAAACAGUUUCUCUUCUAGUUUCUUUAGUAAACUAAGGGAAAAAAGGGCUACAAAUCAAAACUGCAUGUAAAAAAUAUACAAAAAUAUGUUUAUCAAUUCAAAUAAGUGGAGUCAGGUUUUCAUCAACCCAUGAAAGUACAAUAARUUAUUAAGUCAUGUCAAUAUUUAGUAAAAAUAAGUGUAUUAGAGCUGUUUUCGCUAAUCAAAGUGUUAUAGAGUGAUCGCAUUUAAACACUGCAAAUGUACAAAAUCUAGGUAGUACUAAUUUGUACUGAAAGUGGACCUGAAGCAAGACGGUAUUGAAUGCUUCAUUUGUAUCAAUUCAAUUUAAUUUGCGUACUGCAUG